CCGUCGAAGCGGUGGCGCAAGAAGCGACGUCAAUACCUCAUGAACAUGAUGCAGCCGCUGCAGCGUCGCAAGGAGACGGCUGAGAUGCAGCCGGAGGCGGCAGAUGUCAUCAUGCCUGUCAUGGCCGCGGGGUGUGGAGGGCGUGGCUGGGGGCGUAAUGGGCGGGGCGGCUGUGGGGGCGGGGCCGCUCAGUGCUGCCAACGAAGACAGCAAGGACAGUUCUGGUCACAAGGAGGAGGCUGCACCUAAAGUCACCGUCACCGAUGAGCCGUGGUACUAUGACGAACUGGACCUUCACGCAAUGGACGGCUUCGACGAGCCGGAUCCGGACUCUGAUUACGACUACGAGGAACCCUACCCCAAGCGCAAGAAGAAGCGCGCCGUCUUCGGCAAGCCCAGAGGCGGCAACCUCGCCGCGCCCACCGACUCGCCGCAUCCCAGGAAGCCAAAGGCCCAGGGACCCGGCAGAGGGAGGAAGAAGGGAAUGGUCUAUGCUGACUUACAGAUGCAGACAAACCUUUCGCCUGUGACCAGUGCGGCGCGCGCUACAAGACACGGCCGGGACUCACCUAUCACUACACGCACUCGCACAAGGAGCAGGGCACUGGCCGAGGGGCCGUGGCGGGGGCCGGGGGCAGUGUGGGUGGGGCGGCAGGUGACGAGGAGGCAAGCAGCGAGGCACUGCCUCCGCCUUCGCCCUCCAACGCCCCCAACGUCCAGGACAAGGGCACCGACCCAGCCGCCGCACAAGGCAAAGGUUGGACCAAGUUUCAGGACAGUUAUCUCACCUUCCUUAACACCCCCGGUACGAACACUCGCUCUCUCUUCUUUCUUUUUCUUUCUCACACACCUAUUUUUUGCUUUCUGCUUGUUGAUUCAUUUACUCUCAAUGGUUUAUUGGUUUCUCUCCGUCUACUAAUAUCAUCUCACAACU